AUGGCUCGUCUAAUACGUCGUCCUUCAAUGGAAAAUUUAGUACUCUAUGAUCUUGAUAAAUUUAAAUUAAUUCCAUCGAUAAAUUAUAAAUUAAAUUCUCAUCGACGUGCAUCAAUGAAUCCUAAAUUUGAACGUUAUGAAUUUCUUUGCAAUGUAGAACGUAGUAGAACCGAUCCAAUUUAUGCAGCUACUCCAAUGUUUACAACAAUACCACAAUCAUCAAACGACGAGACUCAUCGACAAUUAAUUGAUUCAUCAGUAUGUUUAGAAAAUAUUAAAUCACUAUCCCAUCGAACUUCGAAAGUGGAAGAAGAAAAAGAGAAUGAAGAGGACAAAGAAGAAACUAAUGACCAACCAAAACAUGAUGAAAUUAUUCUUAAUAACGAUUGUAAAGAUAUUAUCGAGAAAAUUUUCAAUAGAAAUUAG